AAGCCCCAGCGACUCCAGAUAAGUGGGAGAAGAGAAAGAAGAAUUUGGAAAUGGGCCAAGAUGCCCCAUAAGGCUGUGGAUGAAGCUCCUGUGACAAAGAAAUUUGUGACGCAGCACAUUAUGAUUCCUGUACCUCAGAUGCCUUACAACCCUUCGGGCAUGGUUACAAUUCCCAAGGAUGAGGACCACAAGGCUAAGGAGGAGCUGUGCUCUAAGCAGAACUCUGCACGGUCCAGAAAGCAGAGGCAGCAGCAACUACCAACAAUCUAUGAAGAUCCAGAGAUUGAGGUCUCUGGGGCUGAGGAUGAGCUGUACCCUCUGCAGGAUUCUGCAGAGACAAGCCAGCAACUGAAGCUGCAGGCUGUGGCCCAUGUUGCUGUGGCCCAGGAGGAGCUGUGCCUUCUGCAAGGUUCUGCAAAGUCAAGCCAGCAUCGACAGCUACUGCAGGCCAUUGCCAAAACUCCUGGGACCCAGGACCACAAGGCCAAAGAGGAGAUGUGCCCUUUGCAGACCUCUGUAGAGGAAAGCCAGCAACAGAAGCUGCAGGUUACUGAUGAAACUCCCCAGGCUGAGAUCUGCAAGGCUGUGGAGAAGGUGUACCCUCUGAAGUACUUUGCAGAGGAAAGCCGGCAGCAGCAACUUAAGGCUGUGAAUGCACCUCCUCAGGUGCAGGAUCACCAGUUCAAGAAGGAACCUUUCCCUCUGCAGUGCUCUGCAGUGGCUACUGAACAGCAUCUGAAGACAUAUGGUGUGAAGUCUGCAUUCUUGGCCACCUUGAACAACUUGGCAGAUUGUUGUGCAGAGAUGAAUGCAAAGACUUACUUACUUUUGAUGUAUGUUUCCCUGAUUUUAUUUAUUUUUGUCUUUACAAAAUAAAACAUAAUUUUUCAUUG